UCCCCGGGCCUGGGAGCCGGGCGGAGCGCCCAGCCCAGCCCGCUGGAGGGGCCGAGCCAGGGGCCGUUAACCCGGCUGUCCUCGGCCCAGGGCCAGAGCGGCACCGGCUGCUGGUCGGCGGCCAAGGCCGAAUCCCGGGGGCCGCAGAGCGAUUUCCGCUACCUCCGUCCCAUGGUGAUGACAUGGCAUCUGCUAGCUCCAGCAGGGCCAUGGCAGGGCUGGCCUGUGAGAAGUCCCAGCUGACUGUGAAAGUUGUGUCAGUGAAGCCCAAGGUGCACAGCCGCCAGUCCCGGAUCAACUCCUAUGUGGAGGUGAUGGUGGAUGGACUUCCCAGUGAGACCAAGAAGACAGGGAAGCGGAUUGGGAGCUCUGAGCUGCUCUGGAACGAGAUCCUCAUCAUGAACGUCACAGCUCAAAGCCACCUGGAUCUGAAGGUCUGGAGCUGCCACACCCUGAGGAAUGAGCUGCUGGGAACGGCUUCCAUCAGCCUGUGUAACAUCCUGAAGAAGAAUGGUGGGAAAAUGGAGAACACGCAGCUGACCCUGAACCUGCAGACGGAGAACAAAGGCAGCGUUGUCUCAGGCGGAGAGCUGACGAUUUUCCUGGACGGGCCGACUGUUGAUCUGGGAAGCCUGCCUAAUGGCAGUGCCGUGACAGAGGGGUCCCAGCUGCCUGGGAGGGAUCCCAGCAGUAUGGCUCCGGCUACAGAGAGUAGACACCAGCCCCCCAGCACAAACUGCUUUGGAGGUAGAUCCAGGCUGCAAGUGCUGGAGGCUGAAGUCCUCGAGUGGGAAGCUGCUCAGACACACAGACAUUCAGCUGGAGCGGCCAGACAGAACGCAGGGAAUGGAGACCAAAGUCCGAGCACCAGGGUUCGCCACCGCCAGCAAGUCAAGAGUCUGAGCACAGCAAAUGGCACAGUGAAUGGGGACUCUGCUGGUACCACCGACGCUGAAGAGGAAAGGUCUGUGGUGGGAGUGACCUCGCCACCUGCAGCAGUGUCGAGUGAGACCCCCAGCUCCACCGCUGCCACCCUUCCUGCUUCAUCUGUCCCUGGGGAGCCAGAGGAGCCGGCCCCUGCCUCAGGCACCCAGUCACCUCAGGCUGCAGCACAGGCCUUGGAAGCUCUACCACCCGGCUGGGAACAGCGAGAGCUACCGAACGGGAGGGUCUAUUACGUGGACCAUAACACCAAGACCACCACCUGGGAGAGACCUCUGCCUCCAGGCUGGGAGAAGCGAGUGGACCCCCGGGGCAGGUAUUACUAUGUGGAUCACAACACCAGGACCACCACUUGGCAGCGUCCCACAGCUGAGUACGUGAGGAACUACGAGCAGUGGCAGACGCAGCGAAACCAGCUCCAAGGGGCCAUGCAGCAGUUCAGCCAAAGAUUCCUGUACCAGUCGUCCGGCGCCCCAUCUGACAAUGAUCCUCUGGGCCCCCUUCCUCCCGGCUGGGAAAAGAGACAGGACAACGGGCGAGUGUAUUACGUGAACCACAACACGCGGACCACCCAGUGGGAGGAUCCUCGCACGCAGGGGAUGAUCCAGGAGCCGGCCCUGCCGCCUGGCUGGGAGAUGAAAUACACCAGCGAGGGGGUGCGCUACUUUGUGGAUCACAACACUCGCACCACCACCUUCAAAGACCCGCGCCCCGGCUUUGAGUCUGGGAAUAAGCAGGGGGGUUCCCCUGGGGCUUACGACCGAAGCUUUCGCUGGAAAUAUCACCAGUUCCGCUUCCUGUGUCACUCGAACGCGCUGCCCAGCCACGUGAAGAUCAGCGUUUCCCGGCAGACGCUCUUCGAGGACUCCUUCCAGCAGAUUAUGAACAUGAAGCCCUAUGAUCUGCGGCGCAGGCUGUACAUCAUCAUGCGUGGCGAGGAGGGGCUGGACUAUGGCGGCAUUGCAAGGGAAUGGUUCUUCCUCUUGUCCCAUGAGGUGCUCAACCCCAUGUACUGCCUGUUUGAAUACGCCGGGAAGAACAACUACUGCCUGCAGAUCAACCCCGCCUCCUCCAUCAACCCCGACCACCUCACCUACUUCCGCUUCAUCGGCCGCUUCAUCGCCAUGGCGCUGUAUCAUGGAAAAUUCAUUGACACUGGCUUCACGCUCCCCUUCUACAAACGCAUGCUUAACAAGAGACCCACGCUGAAGGACCUGGAAUCCAUUGACCCUGAGUUCUACAACUCCAUCGUCUGGAUCAAGGAGAACAGCCUGGAGGAGUGUGGCCUGGAGCUGUACUUCAUCCAGGACAUGGAGAUUCUGGGCAAGGUGACAACACACGAGCUGAAGGAAGGAGGGGAGAGUAUCCGGGUGACGGAGGAGAAUAAGGAAGAGUAUAUCAUGCUACUGACGGACUGGAGGUUCACGCGGGGUGUGGAGGAGCAGACCAAGGCCUUCCUGGAUGGCUUCAAUGAGGUGGCACCACUGGAGUGGCUGCGGUACUUCGAUGAGAAGGAGCUAGAGCUGAUGCUCUGCGGCAUGCAGGAGAUGGAUAUGAGCGACUGGCAGAAGAACACCAUCUACCGGCACUACACCAAGAACAGCAAGCAGAUCCAGUGGUUCUGGCAGGUGAUUAAGGAGAUGGACAAUGAGAAGAGAAUCCGGCUUUUACAGUUCGUUACAGGGACCUGCCGCCUACCAGUUGGAGGAUUCGUAGAGCUCAUUGGCAGUAAUGGGCCGCAGAAGUUCUGCAUCGAUAAAGUUGGCAAAGAGACGUGGCUGCCCCGGAGUCACACCUGCUUUAACCGCCUGGAUCUUCCUCCCUACAAGAGCUAUGAACAGCUGAAGGAAAAGCUGCUGUAUGCCAUUGAGGAGACAGAAGGCUUUGGCCAGGAGUAAUGGUGUUUGCUCCUUCCCCAGCACCCCCCGGCCAGCCCAGAGCAGAGCAGUAUCUGAGCAGGCUGCAUGCUGGGUGCUCUCGCUCUCAGGGCGGGCAGAGAGCGCCCGUCACCGAGCAGUUUGUCUCUCUCCCUCCCUGGGAGUUUGUCUGUCACUCUUGUUCCUGGAUUAGGCUUGUGCCAAUGCAGCCCAAUGGCGGACGGGCCACCCCCCCCACCUCCAAAGCGAGCCCAAGGUCUAAGGGGGGAGAUGGACACAAGAGCCGCCCAUAUGCCACUACUGAGGGGGAAUGAAGCGGAGGGCUGGGAGGGGGCUGGAUCACUGGCCCCUUGCCACGUGGUGCCCUCCUGGGGGCCAGAUCCUGUACAAGUUCCAGUCACUAUCCAACUGCAGCCCAGUGUCUGAGCUCCAGAUCUUGGGGUCUUCGGGCCUGCAGCAGGGACCCCCCAAGGCUGGGCAGUAGUGAAGACACCUCCCCCUCCCCGAGCCACUUUGCACCAAAGAAAUGUGUGCAAUCGUUCCCUCUGCCACCUGGAAAACGGGCACUGACUGAAUGAAAAGCAGAGAAUUCGGAACAAACCCAGUGAUUUCCUGUGGCGUCUUUCCUCUGUUAGUGCAACGAGCUGGUUAGCUGUGGCCCUGCGUCCCUUUGGAUUGGGGCUGCUCGCUGCAGCCGCAAGAGGCCAGAGCUCGGAACGGCCCGAGACAGCAGGGCCGGGUGGGCACUUCUGUCUGGGGAAGCUGGACAGGGCUUUUUACAGUUAGCUGCAGUCAAACCAACAGGGAACUGCUUUUUAAGUGUCGUUUUUCACUUCUGUUUCUCCUGGUGUAUCGAUUAAAGUAACUGAAGCUCCUACUCAGGUGGUUCUGGGUAGUGACAUCCAUGAGCCCAAUCCUGCCCCCAACAGAGGCAAUGGCAAAACUCCCCUUGCCCUUCAGCCGGCUCCUUCCCCCCCAGUGAGUGGGGGGCACCCUUUUCCUUUCAGUUGUCUCUGCACAGGAUGAAUGUGGCUGGGAACUCUGCCCCCAAGGAGUGACCAGGGGGAGGGCCGCCCCGAGGCAGGGCUGGCGGGGGCGUAGGCCUGUGCUUUGAUUUGCGAGUGUGUGUGGCCCCCAGGCUCUUUAUUUAACUAUUUAAAUGGAAUAUAUUGCUAGGUGGUGGUGAUGCUCUUUAAUAGGAUCCUAGAGGUUCCGCUCGUGUUUUGUACAGACAAUGCGCUGUUCUCUCGUGCUCUGGUCCUGCAGCGACUGCAGCUGAGGGCUGUGAAAGGGGCUCUGUCGCCGCUGAAACCAGCAGAGAGCUUUUUAAAGCAGUGACCCCUCCCGACUUGCCCUGCGGCUGGCAGCUGAGUGCCCGUGUGUGAAGAGCUCGUGUGGCCUUUGCUCCAUCUGUGGGUUCAAGUGGAAACUCUUGGCCUGAUUCUUCUGUCACAGACCGCGGUGGAGAUCAGAAGCCCUUAGCAGAGAGCUGGAUUCUGCCCUCACUUACAGCAGCGUAACUCCGUUUCCUUAUUCUAAAGCCUCUGCCGGCCUAGGCUGCUGCCACAGAGAGUUCACCCUUCCAAGGCCUGAGGACAGCAAUGGCCCAAGUGUGGUGUGUGCAUGGGGGGUAGGCAUCUGUGUACAUAGCUGUAUAUAAUGAAGUCUAUGGAUACAACAAAUUGCAAUAGCUUUUGAGCGGUAACCUUGAUAGUUUUGUACUGCACCAUCCUGCCUCAGUGAUGCCAAUUUCUUGUGCAAUAAACGAUCAGCAGCUG